UUUAUCGGAUGUAGUUGUAACGAAUGUAGUGCUUGCUAGCUGAUGACUUGCAAAGGUAACGUCGGAUUUCUGUAUCAUAUCUCGGUGUUUAACGUGUAAGAGAAGAAAACCAGAAGCAUGACUUCAACAAAUACAUUUCAGGGAAUGGAUGCAAGUGCCAAACCAAGCUCACGGGUACUCAGACCCCCCGGAGGAGGCUCCAGUAACAUAUUUGGGGGUGGAGAUGAAACAGCCUCUGCCGGGAGUCGGGCAAACAAGAUGGCCUCCACCAUUUUUGCCCCUCCAGAUGAACCUCUGGGUUGCCCCAAGAGGACAAACCCACCAGGAGGCAAGAGCAGUGGGAUAUUUGCUGAAGCAGUGGAACCUACUCCUCAGCAGAGACCAGUUCCUGCUGGUGGAGUGAGCAGCAACAUUUUUGGGGAGGCAGUGGGCAAUCCACCGACUGUCCGCAGCCACCCUAACAAGCCAAAGGAUAACAUUGGUGUGAAUGCCACACCACAACCUGAAGUCCCAAAGCAGGUGGAAAAGCCAGCAGAGAAAGCUUCAGCACCAUCAACACCCAGCAAGGAGGACACUCCCAAGCAGCAGGCAGAUCUGUCGCCAUGCCAGCCCCCAGUGGACAACCAUGAACCCCGGUUGGGCCCCCGACCUCGAUCCCACAACAAGGUCAUCCAUCCCCCUGGGGGCAAGUCCAGUGUGGCCUUCUACUGAUGACCUCAGCUAGCCACUCUCUCCCCAUAACUCCUUUUGCACUUUCUCUUUCUUUCUAUGCAGUAGGGAACCUCUGCUGAAAUUGUCAGCAAAUGUUUCUUACCCCAAGUCUUAUACUGAUGAUGUUUGUUUUGUUGUGGUAAAGGAAUGGCUUCAAUCAAACGCUUAACCCCAAAUUCAGAACCAUUUCUCGUGCCGGUUGAAGAAAUGCAUUUCAAAUUUUGUACAUGUAAAUUUGGAAUUGCAAGACUCAGUGGGUUUAGACUGAAGCUCUUGGUUACUGGAACUGAUGCAUGAAUUUAAAAACAAAUGAAAGGGGUUCCUUCCUCUCUGUUAUCCCUUUUCCACCAACGUGAACUAGGCGCUAGUUCUGGGCUGGUGCUAGCGCCGGUUCGGAGUUGGUUCAACUUGUGAACCUUCUAAGAACCAGUUUGCUUUUCCAUGGGCUAAAGAGCCACCAUAGAGUCACAUCAUUACGUCACUGUCUCUGCUUUCCCGCUAGCGCCAAGCUAGCAGGAACAAAGAACAACAACAAAAACAAGAGAACA